CGUCGUUGCGCCGCACGUGUGCGAGGCCAGCCGCUGUGAGUCCGCCUGAGCGCGGCGGGGCCCAGGCGCCCGCCAAGCUCGUUGCUUAUGCCUGGCCGCCCUUGCGGCGGGUUCUUCCGAGUGGCCCUUGCCGCCGCCGCCCUCCUGUGCCCGGAGCAGCGCGCCCGCCUCCUUGUCGCCCAGUCCGCGCUCCGCGCGCGCUCUCAGGCCCCGGGUUCUCUUAAAUGUUUUCUUGGAUCCUUGAAAAUGGAGAUGACAGAAAUGACGGGUGUGUCAUUGAAACGGGGGUCCGUUGCUGUCGAAGAUAAUGACAGUGUGGCCCCAGGUGAGGCAAAGCGACAGAAGGUCUCAGAAUGCUGUCCGACCAAAGGUCAAGACGGGCUAGAGAACAACUCUCUACCCAGCAGUGAAAAGGUGCCUGGGCCACGUGAAACGGCCGGAGAGGGUAAAAAGAAUUCUGACCCUCCGUCGGAGGAGGAGGAGGAGGAGGAGGAAGAGGACGAAGAUGGCCUUUCAGAGGAGGGUGAGGAGGAGGAAGAGGCAGAGAGCUUCGCGAACAUGAUGAAGCAUGGGCUCACCGAGCUGGAUGUAGGCAUCACUAAGUUCGUAAGUUCUCACCAAGGAUUCUCAGGAAUCUUGAAAGAAAGAUAUUCUGACUUCGUUGUUCACGAAAUAGGAAAAGAUGGACGGAUCAGCCAUUUGAGUGACUUGUCUGUCCCAGUAGAUGAAGAGGAUCCUUCAGAAGAUGUAUUUACGGUUUUAACAGCUGAAGAAAAGCAGCGUUUAGAAGAGCUCCAGCUUUUUAAAAAUAAGGAAACCAGUGUUGCCAUCGAGGUUAUUGAGGACACCAAAGAGAAAAGAACCGUCAUCCAUCAAGCGAUUAAAUCUCUGUUUCCAGGAUUAGAAACAAAAACAGAAGAUAGAGAAGGGAAGAAAUAUAUUGUAGCCUAUCAUGCAGCUGGAAAAAAGGCUCUGGCAAAUCCAAGAAAACAUUCUUGGCCAAAAUCUAGGGGAAGUUACUGCCACUUCGUACUGUACAAGGAAAACAAAGACACCAUGGAUGCUAUUAAUCUACUGUCUAAAUAUUUAAGAGUCAAGCCAAACAUAUUCUCCUACAUGGGAACCAAAGAUAAAAGGGCCAUAACCGUUCAAGAGAUUGCUGUUCUCAAAAUAACUGCGCAAAGACUUGCCCACUUGAAUAAGUGCUUGAUGAACUUUAAGCUAGGGAAUUUCAGCUAUCAGAAAAACCCUCUGAAAUUGGGAGAGCUUCAAGGGAAUCACUUCACUGUUGUCCUCAGAAAUAUUACUGGAACUAACGACCAAGUGGAACAAGCCAUGAACUCUCUCAAGGAGAUUGGAUUUAUUAACUACUACGGAAUGCAAAGGUUUGGAACCACAGCUGUCCCCACAUAUCAAGUUGGAAGAGCUAUACUACAAAAUUCCUGGGCUGAAGUCAUGGAUUUAAUAUUGAAACCCCGUUCUGGAGCUGAAAAGGGGUACUUGGUUAAAUGCAGGGAGGAAUGGGCAAAGACCAAAGACCCAGCCGCUGCCCUCCGAAAACUACCUGUCAAAAGGUGUGUGGAAGGGCAGCUUCUCCGAGGACUUUCAAAAUACGGACUGAAGAAUAUAGUCUCUGCAUUUGGCAUAAUACCAAGAAACAAUCGCUUAAUGUAUAUUCAUAGCUAUCAGAGCUAUGUGUGGAACAACAUGGUGAGCAAGAGGAUCGAAGAGUACGGCCUGAACCCUGUCCCGGGGGACCUUGUUCUCAAAGGAGCCACAGCCACCUGUAUUGAGGAAGACGAUGUUAAUAAUUACUCCAUCCAUGAUGUGGUAAUGCCCUUGCCUGGUUUUGAUGUUAUCUACCCCCAGCACAAAAUUAGUGAAGCCUACAGGGAAAUGCUCACAGCGGACAAUCUUGAUAUUGACAACAUGAGACACAAAAUUAGAGAUUAUUCCUUAUCAGGGGCCUACCGAAAGAUCAUUAUUCGUCCUCAGAAUGUCAGCUGGGAAGUCGUUGCAUAUGAUGAUCCUAAAAUUCCACUCUUCAACACAGAUGUGGACAACCUAGAAGGGAAACCACCACCAGUGUUUGCUUCUGAAGGCAAAUACAGAGCUCUGAAGAUGGAUUUUUCUCUCCCUCCUUCUACCUACGCAACCAUGGCCAUUCGCGAAGUGCUAAAAAUGGAUACCAGCAUCAAGAACCAGACCCAGCUGAAUACCACCUGGCUGCGCUGAGGCCUUUGUCUCCAGAUUAGAAAAUGCAGACGCAUGUUUGCUGGCUUCCUUUUGAUUUUCCUCUUAGUACAGACCCCUAUGUGGAUUUUGGAUCUUUGUACUAAAAGACUAUUUGUAUUUUUCCAAGUUUUUAUUAGCUUAAUUUGCAAUAUUUGUACAUACAUACAAAUUUUGAGGAUCCUAAUUCUAGCUCAGAGAAUAUCAGUUGGUUAGAAUAUAUUUCAGGUGCUUAAAUCAUAGUAAAACGUCAGCUUUACUGGCUUUAUAAUCAUUUAAAGGAAUUUGGUUUAAAGUAGCAGUUUUAGGUUUUGCUACAUUCUUCAAAGGACAACAGUAAUUUUUAACGCAUCCAUGAAUGGAGUACAUAGCAAAGCAUUUUAAGAGAAAAUGCAACAAAACAAAUCUUGGCUACGGAUAAAGAAUUAGAGUGACCCUUCCCCCUAAAACCUGUGAAUAUAAAUAACAGUACUCAUGCUUGUUUAAAUGGUGAUAAAACAUCCACAAGUUUAAAAACACAAAGUGAUUGUCAUUAUCCAGCUCAUGAACCAGGUUCAGGUAAGUGUUUAUAGGCUUUUCAGUUGCAAUAGCUUUUGCAUUUAUUAUUAUCAUUGGCUUGCAUGAGAGUUGCAUCAGUAGGGCUUUUUGUUUCUUGAUGUAAACAUGUGCACCUGUUUUUGUUAGUUAAGGUCUCAUUUUUAUUCUAGGUGCCUUUUAUGUUCAGAACUCUUUCCACUGGACUGAUUGAUAUCUGCCCGAAAAUAAAUGAUAGAGAAGAAAGCUUUUGAAAACUUACAAGGGCUCCUCCUAUCAGCAGCAUUAUCCUUUGUUAUUCACGGCUUAGGUAUUGCCAGUUCUGGCCACGCAUAAAACUUUGCUCUGGUGUGAAAGCAUAAAUAUGCCUUCCCAAAGCAUGCUUUCUGGAUGGAAAAGAAAGGGAUAGAGAAAAGCCACCCUACUCCACCACGGGAAUGUGGAUGACAUUCGUCUUGUAUCUGGCAGUGGAAACAAGCAGCUGCAACAGCACAUCAGUACUUAAAACUCCACCAGUUGUUCCAGGCUGUACAAAUUAGCACAAACCGCUAGCAAUAAGAAAGGUGAUAUCAGUCUAUGAGGAAUCAUCAGAAAGAUCUUGGAGACCAUUUUCCAGAUGAGGAAAAUGAGACCCAGAGCAACAUAUUGACUUGGGUCAUAGUGAGCACCCCUCUCAUCUCCAACACCUGGUUCAGUGCUCUUUCCUUUACCCUGUGUUCUCAGAGGGGGCAGUAGUGCCCUCUCAACAUUUUGAAAAUGUGUGAAGGUAUUGUUGAUUGUCACAAUAAUUGGGUGGCUUUACUGGCAUUUUAACACAUGGAGACCAAAGAUAAAAGAUGUCUGCCGUACAGGGAUAUUCACGCCUAAUGAAGUC